AUGCCGGAGACGGAGGCUGACUGCAUCGAUGCGCAGCAGGUGGAAGCUUGGCUGUUCUCCGACGCAAAGGCGUGUCGAGACACGCGAUCGUGUCGGAUCUGCUUCGAUACCGAGCUGCCCGACGGCGAUCGGUGGCUGUGUCCGUGCCAGUGCAAGGGCACGAUGAAGUACGUGCACGCCUCGUGCCUCGACGAGUGGCGCCGACGAUCUCGGCGGCCCCAAUCGAUCAUGGCCUGUGAUCAGUGCGGCGCGACGUACCGCGUGCGCGCGACGCGUGCCUCGCGACUCUUGACGUCGUGGUGGCUGCGCCUGCUCGUGUCGUUUCUCUUGCUCGGCGUCAUGGCGCAGGUGCUGGGCGUGGCCGUGCAUCUGAGUCUGCACCGCUUUGCGCCAGGCAUGUUUGCCGGGCCGCAUCCCUUGCACUUGCAGUCCGUGGCCUAUCGGCCCGAGGCGCAGGCCUCGGCGUGGAGCCGUGCGUGGGUGUCCCGCGCGAGGAGCGUGUGGCAGCUAUGGGGCUCGUCGGAGGACGAGGAUGUGAGUGGCGAUGGCUUUGCGCGACUGGGCGUAUUCCACCCGGCGAUGGUGCUCCAGAUCGUCCAGGGCAUGAUCCAGCGCAUGCUGGAGUCGCUCGGGCGGCCGUUCUCCCUCGCAUCUCUCUUGCGCCAUCGCCGCGGCGUACCGAGCCUUGUGCAGCGCGUCGUGACAUACAGGCAGGGGCUUGGCGCCGCGCCGCCGACGCCUGUCGUGCCGCUCACGUGGACCGAGUGGCUGUGGUGGCAAACGACGUUGGGCCUCGCUACGAUGGGCCUCUCUGUCCACUUUCACUCGUUCUCGAUCCUGUCGUCGAACGGCGUCUUUCGUUUUGGCUCGCCGUUCUGGGCGGUGGCCGUGUACCCACAUGCGCCGCACGGAAGCGAGGGCACCGUGGUGUGGGAGAGCCGCAGCUCGGCGGGCGUCGUCCUCCUCGCGCUCAUUCUGUGGGGCAUUCGAUCGACGUGGCUGAUGGUGUGGAACACUCUGACGCGUCUAUCCGAGUGGUACCUGACGCACACGGGCCCCUGCAUCGUCAACUACGACGAGGGCGAGGCACUGCGGCCGGCGCCGCGGCACACGACGCACUGGCUGAUCGACCGCGUCGUGCGUGGUCAUGAAGCGAUGCGGCAUGUCGAAGAUGCACGGUGGGUAUGGAUGCUAGCUCAGGCUGGCGACUAG